AUGCUUCAUCCGAUCCUUGACAUUAGCAGUUUCAACGUCGCUAUUACAUUCUCUGGUAUAUUUCUACUAGGCUUCGGGUUCAUCUCUUUGAAGAUAAAGCAGAGAUGGUACCUCGGGGAAGCAUUGCCUUCAUUCAUUUUCGGUGUCCUUCUGGGCCCAUUAACGACAAAUCUGAUAAGCGUGAGCCGAUGGACCAAUAGUGGUGAUGAAGAAGAUGUUGGAGGAAUUGCCUAUGCAUUGGCGCGUCUUGUCCUUGGCAUUCAAAUGAUCAAAGUCGGCUAUGAGCUGCCCAAGAGAUAUCUACGUCGAAGGCUAGUCGAGCUAACAAUUUGCCUACUCCCCUUGAUGGCAAUACAAUGGCUAGCUACAUCAGCAUGCAUCAAGUUGAUGAUUCCACAUUUAUCCUUUUUGACAGCCUGUAUAAUUGGCUCUUGCGUCAUCUGCAUAGAUCCUGUCUUGUCCCAAGCGAUCGCCAAAGGCCCGUUUGCCGAUAAGUAUGUUCGGCGACACCUUCGAGAAUUUAUUUCGGCUGAAGCGGGUGGAAAUGAUGGAUUUGGAUUUCCGUUCCUUCUGCUCUCAAUUGCACUACUACGGUACGACGAAACUCCGAACGACGAAGCGGGUCUAAUGCGACGCGAUUGGAUCGGAGAGACCGAUGCUGGUCGUUUUGGUGGUAACGUCGGUCGUGCAUUAGCGCAUUGGGCCGUGGAAGGGGUUUUGUAUAUGAUUAUGAUGGGCUCGGGGUACGGUUUAUUUGUGGGAUUUGUCUGUCGGAAGGGCUUGAAUCUGGCUUCCAGCAAACGAUGGAUUGAUAAGGAGAGCUUUGCAUUAUUUCCGGUUGCACUUGGACUAUUCAUCGUUGGCACUUGUGGCUGCUUUGGAACCGACGAGACCCUCGCUUGUUUUAUUGCUGGAUGUGCCCUGAACUGGGAUGGCUUGUACCAUUCCGAAAUCGAGGCACGACAUGAUUCGUUCAACUCCGCGAUUGAGACGGUGCUGAAUUUUGGCACGUUCGUCUUUCUUGGGGCCGUUAUGCCAUGGGAUCAACUCCAGAUGCCCCAUGUCACAGGAGUUACGGUCACGCGAUUGGUCAGUUUGGGAAUCCUGAUAGUAUUAUUCCGACGAAUCCCUGCCAUAAUGCUUGGCUAUCGGCUAAUGCCGAAAGUUUGCAAUAACUGGCGGGAAGCUCUAUUCAUGGGGUAUUUUGCUCCCAUCGGCAUUGGAGCAAUUUCAUAUGUCGAAUAUGCUCGCCGACUGCUCCCAGAUCCUGGUGAAAGUGAUACCGAAAUGAAUUAUUUGACGGCAGCGAUGAUCCCAGUGGUGUACUGGCUAGUUUUCUUCUCGAUUGUCGUCCACGGUCUCUCAAUUCCGGUAUUGAACGCUAUCUAUCAGUGGCUACAGGUCCCAGUCAUCCACGAUCAUCCUGUGGAGAUUUUGCUGUUGUCGGAAAAUGAGCCCGUACCCAAUAACAGCGUCGUGAACCGCCAAUCUCAACACGUUACGGUAAACAAUCGCUUUUCCUGCAUCUCUAGUCACACCGAUGGGUCGGAGCUCGGCAUUUACCGUGAAGAGUCUGAUACUGUCAUGAUGAUCUUGCGACCGAACGGCCUUGACCACUGUGCCAAUUCAGUAGCGCGAAGCUCAUCAAAGGGGUCUUCGCGUCAGCUUGAGCAAGUUGAUGCUAGGGAAAUGGUUUGACUUUACCGCAACACGUACAUUAAACCCCUUUAUCUAGGCGGCCGCAUUAAAUUGUAUAUUCUAACCAAGUCAGAUGACUGGAUUUAUGCGUCCCGCAACAUGGAAUUGGCUUGAUUGUCAUCAGCGGCAGUGCAAUUAAAUCGGAAAUGAACCGUCC